GAUGUGUGGAAUUAUAGGUAUAGCAGCAGCAGAAGGGGUAGAAGUGAAUGGAGCACUUCCUAUUUUAGCCGCGGAUGGAUUGAUAGCGCUUCAGCACAGAGGAACGGAAUCUGCAGGAUUAGUAGGUUCCAACGGUGACGAUAGACAACAUCUAGAAAUCGUUAAAGGCCAUGGUUUGGUUCGAGAUGUAUUCGUGGAGGAGAACUUGUGCAAAUUAAACGGAUCGAGAGUGAUUAUUGGACAUAAUCGAUAUUCUACUGCGGGAAGGAAACGGCCAGCAAUCAAUUGCGUUCAGCCUUUUGUGGUCUACACUGCUAUAGGAACAAUUGCCAUUGCUCACAAUGGAGAACUAGUUCUGCAACAAGGGGUAGGAUUGUCUACAGACACCGAUUCAGAACUGAUUGCACAGAUGGUAGCUAAGGCAAUUGCGGUGAAUUACAAAUGUCGAAACGAUGAGAACUGGGGAGAUAUUUCCAAGGAACUUGCAGUGACAAUGUCGUCUAUCAAUAUGUCAUACUCAUUACUAGUGAUGACGUAUGAUCGGUUAUAUGCUAUAAGAGACCCAUUUGGAAACAGACCACUAUGUGUUGGAACGAUCUACGAUUCAUCAAGUGAGUCACACAGUUUUCAAAAGCAGAGCUUAGAACCGCUUGCAUAUUGCGCAGCAUCAGAAUCAUGUGCACUUCCUGCGAGUGCUGAUCUCAAUUUUGAAGUAAAACCUGGAGAAAUAAUUGAAAUUUCACGCAGAGGUAUUCGCUCAGUUUUCCAGAUGCAGCCCCACAUUCCUCAAGCUACAUGCAUUUUUGAAUAUAUCUAUUUUGCUAGGAAUGACUCAGUCAUUGAAGGACAACAAAUUCAAACCGUUAGAGAAAAAUGCGGAAAAAUUUUGGCCCUUGAGAAACAUGUAGCUGCAGACAUAGUGUCAAAUGUGCCCGAUUCAUCCACAUCAGCUGCUAUCGGUUAUGCAACUCAGUCGCAUAUCCCCUACGAGCCUUGCUUUCAUCGUAACAGUUACGUUGGACGAUCAUUUAUACAACCGUGUGAUGCUAUGCGACAAUCUGCAAUUCACAAGAAAUUUGGAGUGCUGAGAAAAAAUGUCGAAAACAGACGUAUCGUGUUGGUGGACGACUCGAUUGUUCGAGGUAAUACCAUGCAAAUACUAGUACACAUGCUGAUUAGCGCCGGAGCCAAA